GAUGGAUGGAAGGACAGGAGUGUUUCGAGGGUGGCUGGGAGCAAGCCUGGGGUCCCUCUCAGUCUCCCUCCUGUGUCUCCCCGGUGGUGUUCUGUUCUCUUCCCUCCUUCCAAACCCCAUAAAAAGAAGAUGCAUGACAUGAGGUGAUAGCAUGCUCAGAAAUCUUUUUCCUUUCCUUAGCCCUGCCUGCCUGGCCUGAUACCAACCGCAGCCAUCUCUGCUUUGCUAGUUGCCACACCCACCACCCAGAUUCUUCUUCAUCGCUGCCUGCGCUAGGAGCUCUGCAACUCCACUCUCUCUCUCUGUCACUGUGUGGAGACGAGACUCGAGAGAUCACGUAGCAGCAUAAGAGGAAAGGCGCCAUGGCGGCAAUGGUGCGUUCCAUCACGUAUAGCAGCAGCUAGAAGAAGUGUGUGUGUGUCUGUCUGCUAAGGCCAUGGCGGCUACUACCAAGGGAGCCUUCUAUGGCGUCGGCGGCAUUGCGCUCGCGAUGCACCGGGACGACGAGGAGGCGGUGGUGGUGGUGGAGGAGGAGGAGCUGGAGGAAGGUUCUGGGAGUAUCUUUGGGUUCAGUGUGCCCGCCGGGGGCGAUUUUGUCCGGCCGGCAGUCGUCACCCAGCAGUUCUUUCCGAUGACGGUGGCGGCGGCGGAGGCGGUGGCGGUGGCGCCGGAGGCAACGGAGCAGCGGCUGGCAAUGGAGCAGUGCCACGUCGCCGCCGCGGGGGCUGAGCAGUGGCCCCGGCCGCCGUCGAGGAAGACCCGGCGGGGCCCUCGGUCCAGGAGCUCGCAGUAUCGCGGCGUCACCUUCUACCGGCGCACUGGCCGGUGGGAGUCCCACAUUUGGGAUUGUGGGAAGCAGGUUUACUUGGGUGGAUUUGAUACAGCACAGGCUGCUGCAAGGGCUUAUGACCAGGCUGCAAUCAAGUUCCGUGGCGUGGAGGCAGACAUCAACUUCACCCUGGAUGACUACAAGGAGGACAUAAAGAAGAUGAACAACUUCAGCAAGGAAGAGUUCGUUCAGGUUCUCCGGCGACAGGGCGCCGGCUUCGUCAGGGGAAGCUCUCGGUUCAGGGGGGUCACCCUCCAUAAGUGUGGCAAAUGGGAGGCCAGGAUCGGACAGCUCAUGGGCAAGAAGUAUGUGUACCUUGGCCUGUAUGACACGGAGAUGGAGGCUGCAAAGGCUUAUGACAAGGCAGCGAUCAAGUGCUGUGGCAAGGAGGCUGUGACCAACUUCGACACCCAGGCAUACGAGGACGAGCUCAACCUGCAAUCUUGGGAAUGCGAGGUUGAUCUUGAGCUCAGCCUCGGGUGCUCCGGUGGUGAACGGGCCGGCGAUCCUGCCACCGACGGGGUCCUCCACUCUGCACCAGGCAACCAGAGAACGAGCCUGACGUUCAAUCUGCCGGAGGUGGAGGAGGAGACGAGGGCCUGCCACGGUCAGAGGAGCAUCUGGUCUAGGCCUUCCCUGGCUCCGGCGAUGGCGGACGGCGGCGCGGCCGUGCGUCCUGAUCAGCACCACUACCAUCUCCACCCCAGCAGCAGGAGCAUGCUCCUAAUGCAUCUGACCGAUGAACAGAGCCAGGUCAUCAGCAGCAGUGGAGGAGGCGGCAGGCAGGGUGCAGCAGCAGCAGCAGAGCUACACAUGCGUCCGCGCCAUGGCUGGCCCAACGGCGACAAUAAUUGGCAGCCGUACGCCGCCCGGCCCCGGCUGCCCGGCGCCGACGACAACGCCGCUGCAGCAUCAUCAGGAUUCCCAAUGGGGCAGGUGGCCACGGCGUCGUCCAGGUCCCGCAGCAGCAGCAGCACUGCCACUGGCCGCUGAGCUCAGCUCAGCUCACGCUGCCCGCUGCUGCCAAGCUGCGCGCCGUGUCGCCUAGGAUCCUGGCGGGAAGCUGACCGUUCCUCCCCUCGGACGCCGCCGCGGCGGCGGCGACGACGACGACAAGAUUCUCUUUUUUGGUAGGCAGUGGUGUCAGCGAGGCGGGCAGGGCAGCCUCUCGGUGCAUCACUGCGUCGUCGUCGCAGGCGGCCGCCGGCAUUGGCGAUCCCGACGCAGAGUUGUCCCUAGGACCAACGGUGCCAACAACGUUGUAACGUAGUGCAUGUGCAUUCGCAGGUAGAUGAUAGACCGCCAUGCUGGAAGGAUUCUAGCGGGUUUGGGGGCAUUGCCCGCUCAGUCUGUUAUCAAAAUUAACCUUAACCAUUUUAAAUAUUGGCGAUGCUAAAAUUUUGGUAGGGAGUAACAAACUAAACUAAGCUUUACCAAUAUAUGGUAAUUCUAUAAUGUUCUACUUACAAAACUUUGCCAAAAAUUAGUAAGAUA